AUGCACACCUAUCAUGGAAGUGCCGCGAGAAAGCCUUUGUGGGCCCGACACUAUAGCUUGUGGCCUUUCAGGCUCUUAGCAGGGGUGAAUACGUUUGCUCCGGGGAGGAGCAUGCACGCCUGGUUUAGGCUCUGGGCCAGCCAUGCGGUGGAUGGACCACGAGACCAACUGUUGGGGUUCCCUAACAUCCACAGACGGCCCUGCAAUCCUUCCACCGCGUGCCGGCAGGGCAAUCUUCCUUUUAGGUAG